AUGCGUUGUUCGAUAAGAUGGGGAAAUGUUGAGCGGUGGAAUUUAGUCACCUUGAAACGCGCUGUUUCUGUCUAUCCAAUCACCGGGAGCUGUUUGAUGCGACCCGCAGUCACGAGACAGAUUACGCUGUUCAGGGUAGCUGGAAGGAGAGAGCAAUGGGCACUGAGCGGGAUCUGUUCGCAGCUCUCCGAACGCCGCACCGCUGGGUAUCUCAUUUCCAAGUACCAGCCCAUCAAUGGCACGCAUUAUAAGCCACCAAGCGGUGGCCGAGGGGCACUAAAACGCUUCUCUGGGUGUGGGAAACCUCUGGUUCGAGAAAAGAAAAGAUUCGCGUCAGGAGUUGAUGGUUUUUGGUCAAGCUGUUGUCUCAUCCAGCUCCGAUUAAUAUCCUUUGGCGUUGAUUGGACGUUAAAUGUGCCUUAUCUUGACACCUCAACUCCAGAUUUGCAGAGUGGGAUUUACACUUCGCGGUACUCGAUUGAGUUGGUAAAGGCCUCAGUGCGGUUCGAUAACAUCCUCCUGCAAGCUGCCGACAUCGCAAGGAUACCUGCACUGUGUGGCUGCAGAUCAAUCAAGAUCGGAAGGGAACAGGCCUUACUCAUGGCUAAAGCAAAGUCUUCCAUAUCAGCCUUAACUUCUGUAUUAGUUUGGCUAAAGCAAGCGAUCUAUGGAUCCGUAAGAUCUUUGACUUCGCGAACUGAUUGGGUCAUGCGUCUGUCCCAGAAAGGUCCGAUAUCGUUCGCAACCCCCAAAAUCCCACUCUUUUCUCGCUUGAUAGAGCUUGAAGGCAGAACACGUGUUAAUGGGGGUAGGAUUAUGAAACUCUUCGAAAGCAGAAUAUUAUCGCGAAGUUACUCUAUAUUGGCCAUUCUCUUUAGGCUUCGACUCUGCGAUUGCGGGAAAGCAACACAUUCUUCAAGGCUAGGCGUGCCUGUUGGGCCCUUUGUGCUACAGUCCGUCCAGAGAUAUAAACAUACGAAAGUCAACAAGUGUGGACUCGCCAUCGUACGACUGUUUGUUAGAGCCUUGCUACUGUCGUUUGUUAAGCUUCAGCGGCCCGUCGGCAUGCCCCACAAAGGCACACUGAUAAUGCGUUUCGAGUGUUCCGAACUGUUCCAGCUUCAUGCCAACUCCAACACCAUUGAACUUCAAGUCGAACUCAAAUCCAUCUCAGGCCAGGCUAACCCAGAUGCAACCCCCAGUGCAUCUAAUAACAAGGAAUUCCCAGAGGAUAAGGUGAAUGUGUGUCACAUGCUGGUUCCAGAGUCACGUCCAUUUCUUGAGCAAAAGGAAACAAGGAUACACAGGUUGCUUGCGGACCAUUCGGAGAAUAUGUCUUACCUGUACAAGCUAUACAUGAGCAGAAAUGAUCGGCAUAUUGGCUUCCACCGAACGUGGCUAGGGAAAUUCGGUCCAGAAGGAGGGUGUCGCUUCGAACUUCGCCUGGGUCUUUUGCAGGUAAUGGGCCCAACUCCAUGGUAUUCCCCUAACGAGCGGGCCGAACAAAAAUUGGUGAGGGAUUUGGACCGGAUUGGUGACGAAUGUCCACAAGAAGCGCCGCCAUACCCUAACGCGAGACACGAAACGAGCAGGAAGCUUGGCCAGGCGAGUUUUCGAAUCGAAAGAACCACUGAGCCUGAAUGCUCGUCGCUGACAAUAUCAGACCUGAAAAUUUUUACGAAGGAUAUCGCACAGCCUGUGAAGUGGGUAGAUGGCGCGGAUGAAAUCGCGUUCGUUGACCGAGUGCUUUGUGGAAGGAAAUUUGGGUGUCUGUGGUAUGAUCCGGUUUGUAAGGGGCGAACUAUCUUAGGGAAUAAGGGUCUCUAUCGUUCCUGCUUCCUUUAUUACCUGCAUUGUCUCAGGCCGUUGCACGACAACAUGUGCCUUUCGCACCAUGGCAUGGGAAUCACGGGAGAACUGAUUUAG